CCAGGCCGCAGAGCACCGAUCGGCUGGAUGAGCGGGGGCGCAGCUCCGGCGCAGCGGCCGUCGCCGGGUGCGCGCCCACUGUGCCCCUCCUGUCCGUUCGCCGGUCUUCCGCGGCUCCCCGCUCCUUUCCCCGGCCGCCUGCCCGCCGCAGGCUGCCCGAGAGAGCUGCCGGGAGCUCCCGGGAGCCUCAGGUGGUGGUUACUUUACUGGGAACUAGAGAAGUACUGCAGGAGUAAAAAGUAUGCCUCCCAAAUUCAAGCGCCACCUAAAUGAUGAUGACGUCACUGGUUCUGUGAGAAGUGAAAGGAGAAAUCUUUUGGAAGAUGAUUCAGAUGAAGAAGAGGACUUUUUUCUAAGGGGACCAUCUGGACCAAGAUUUGGACCUAGAAAUGAUAAAAUUAAGCAUGUUCAGAAUCAGGUGGAUGAAGUUAUUGAUGUCAUGCAAGAAAAUAUUACAAAGGUAAUUGAAAGAGGGGAGAGACUAGAUGAACUACAGGACAAAUCAGAAAGCUUAUCGGAUAAUGCAACUGCUUUUAGCAACAGAUCCAAACACCUUCGAAGGCAAAUGUGGUGGCGUGGAUGCAAAAUAAAAGCUAUCAUGGCUUUGGUUGCUGUUUUCCUCUUGCUAGUGAUCAUAAUUCUUAUAGUUGUGAAAUAUCAUACUUGAUCUGAUGACAGAGCUCCUCAUUAAACAAGAUCUGGGAAAAUAAUAAUAAAAGAUUGCUGUGUAAUUUAAAUGAAACCUAUGUAUAUAACUUUCAAAACUUCUUUUUCAAGAAACUAAGAAGCAAGUAUCACUUCAAAUUGGAGCAUUGAGAAUGUCCAAUUAUCUUCUUCCCUUCCAACAAAAUGUACUAAUUGUAUAAAGCAAAGAUAACUAUUUUGCUGUAUUCCAAGGAUCUAAUUUGAAACUAGAUACUUGCCACUUCAUUAUUUGUGUAUGUAGUCAAACACUGAAUGACAGUAUUUCAUACUAAUAUUUUAGUGGCAUAAGGUCUUGCAUCAUUGCAUCAAGAUGGGGGUCAGGCUCGGGGUCCGAAAGCCUAUGUGAAGAACCAAAUCAUUCAUUAUGUUAAAGGAGAUCCAUAACCAUUUCACCAGUGUUUGCAAGGAUGUCAUUCUUUUUAUAAUAUGUUUGCUCUGUAAGUAGUUUCCACAUGUUUAUGGGUGUAACAAAAACUAAAUGUUUCUGCCUUCGAUUAUAACUAAAAACAUUCCAAUAAACCUAUUUUUGACUGUA